AUGACAGAUUCCAAUGAGGAUGGGACUGAGAGGCACCGUCAAAUGCUUACUGCCUGGCAAAGAACGCAGCUCAGUCACAAACAACGACCUAAAGAACGCAAGAUGUCAAGAGAAUGGAACCACAACUCCCCUUUGGAGAGGGGUUCUGUAGCCCCAGUAGCGACAUUGCUCCGCCAGGUCUACUUUGCCUGGCCUACGUCCCUCGAACGCCUUGUCCAUACUCCUGGGCAGGUCCCGGUCCUGGCCUGCGCACAUCAAGGCCGUGUGGGGAGCAUAGGACCAAAGGACGACGGAGUCAAGACAGGGCUCGAUAUGAAGGAAGUCAUCCACGAUGCAAGGGAUGCUCAGCAGCACGAACCAGUGAUCAGUGGGUCGGAGAUUUUGUACAGCACGAAGUGA